AUGGUGGAGCGUUUCCAUAGACACCUCAAGGCUGCCCUGCGGGCGUCAGAAAACCCGCGCUGGUCAGAAGCCUUGCCGUUGGUCAUGCUAGAGGUUCGAGCUGCAUUGAAAAACGAUUUAAACGCAUCACCAGCCGAACUAGUUUACGGUCGUUGUCUACGUCUACCUGGCGAGUUAGUCGCUCCACUAAAACCGACCGAUUUCGAAUAUGGGGAUUUUGUAGAGCGCCUUAAGCAUCAUAUGCGCCAGCUUAAACCGGCUCAGACGAGGGAGCGGGUGGUGCGGGUUCAUCAACCUGCAGAAUUAUCCACUUGCCCUUAUCUCAUAACAGUACAACAGUCGUUGAGGUUUCGUGAUAUCAGUCGUGCUGCUUUGGUUUGUUACCUCGCCCGUUGUUAG